GGUUCAUCUUGUCAAAGGAAAGUAUGACAUGGGAGGAAGGGCAGAGCUACUGCAGACAGCACUACACAGACAUGGCCAGUGUGAGGAACCUGGCUGAGAGCCAGAAGAUAGGGAACGUGUUAGCGAAGGGAAGCUGGGCGUGGAUCGGCCUGUUCAGAGACUGGAGCUGGUCGGACCAGAGUAACUCUUUAUUCAGACACUGCCGUUCAGGAACACCCAAUAAUCACUACGGGAACUAUGUGUCAGUGUUCGAUAAAUCACGCGAAUUGGCAGACUACACAUGUGAGACGGAACUUCCCUUCUGUUGCUACAGUGGCGUGUCCACAUCACAGAGGAGACACUGGGACACUUAGCUGGGGCAUACCAAGUGGAGGACGCUGACG